UAAAACAUAGCACGGCUUUUCCUAUUGCUUUCACACCAGUUUCCUCGAAUACUUCGCGAGCAGCAGUAUCGAAUAUGCUCUCUCCAGGUUCAGAAGCUCCGGCCGGAUAUUUCCAACCGAGGUAAUGUGCCCGUCUUUCCCUCAUCAUUAGAACGCGAUCAUGUGGAUCGAUCACAAGGCCACCGACACCGAUCACUGUGUGUGCAUAUCGUGGCAACCUUGACGGAGUUUCCGGUAACCAGUUCGUCAUCAUCAAGUAGUUCGGCUGGGUAUGAUGGAACGAAAAACCUUUUUCCACCAGCACUGGAAUAA